AUGUUCUAUAACAAGCAAAAUAUGUCGGCCUUUAUUGAUGACGUAAAUUUAGUGGUUGAAUAUUGUCUAUCAGUUUAUAUGGUCCGAGUGUGGCAUUUACGUAAAAAGGCCAUACUACAAGCUAUGGAAAUUGUUGACCAGAAUGUACCGGACAUUGGAGAGGAAAAUGAGAAGUUAAUAAAAAUAGCAAACGAAGAAAAUAAUUUUAAAAGAAGACCUUGUUUUUGUGCAGUCUCAUUGUUUACUUUCACCGUUAUAGCCGGACUUUUGGGAUGGAUAUGUCAAUGUCUAUUUAGUAAAGAUGCUUAUAUAGAGGAACUAAACGAAUAUAAUCAGACUGUUAUAAGAUACGUGGAAACACUUCCUUAUCCUGUUUAUAUUCCUUUUGAAUUUCGGUCGUCAACACUUAAACAUAUCAUCUUAGGGAUCCUCUUUAUGAGUCCUUUAUUUUUUCAUGGUGGUAUUGGUGCUGCUUCGAAUGGAUUUUUCAUUAGUUUAACGUGCUUUGCAUGUGCCCAUUUUAAAAUGCUUAAAUACAUUCUUUCGACUACUACCGUUCGAUGUACCAAUAAAGGAUUAAAAAUGAAUAUAUCACAUUACGACAAGGACCAAGAAAUGGAGAAAGAGAUUCGAGCUUGUGCUAUUUAUUUGGAUAAAAUAUUAAAGUAA